AGGGGGCGGGGCUAUGACAGACACCGGAAGAGGGCGCCUCGAGUCAGGCGAUAGAUGUUUCCCUUCAUUAUAUGGCGGAAGCGGUGCUUCAGGCCGGCAUGGCGGUGCGCGGGUUGUGUUUGCUGGUUCUCCUCGGAAUGGCCGCGUUGAACGCUGCGGCGCCGCUGGAUCCUGACGAGGGAGGCCCCAAGACGUCCAAAGGCAGCGCGGCAGCGGCAGUGGCAAAAUCAGAGCAGACAGCCAACACUCGAGUUGCUUCAAAUCUUCCUUCAAAUGAGAAAAACAAUAAAAAACACAGCCCAAAUGGUGACUUGAACAGCCUUAAACAUGCAGACAUAGAUGUUAACUCUGCUCAUAAUUCUGCCAAGAUGCCAAGCAAUAGUGAAUUGAACCAAGAUAGAAAAUUGGAAGAUGUGUCUCCAAACCAUGAAUCUGCAAACAAGGAUGAAACCCCUCUUCAUAAACCUGCCAAGCAACUGGGCAGUAAAGACCCUAACCAAAAUGGAAACCCUAAAGAUACGACUCCAAACCAUGAAUCUGAAGUCAAGACUGAUGACACUGUUGGUAGUCCUUCCAAGAUUUCAGGUAAAAAUGACCUCAACCAAAAUGGCAACUCUGAAGAUAAGUCCCCAAACCAGGACUCUGAAGUCAAGACUGGUGACACUGCUGAUAGUCCUCCCAAGAUUUCAGGCAAAAAUGACCUCAACCAAAAUGGCAACUCUGAAGAUAAGUCCCCAAACCAGGAAUCUGAAGUCAAGACUGAUGUCACUGCUGAUAGUCCUUCCAAGAUUUCAGGUAAAAAUGACCUCAACCAAAAUGGCAACUCUGAAGAUAAGUCCCCAAACCAGGACUCUGAAGUCAAGACUGGUGACACUGCUGAUAGUCCUCCCAAGAUUUCAGGCAAAAAUGACCUCAACCAAAAUGGCAACUCUGAAGAUAAGUCCCCAAACCAGGACUCUGAAGUCAAGACUGAUGACACUGCUGAUAGUCCUCCCAAGAUUUCAGGCAAAAAUGACCUCAACCAAAAUGGUAAAUCUGAAGAUAAGUCCCCAAACCAGGACUCUGAAGUCAAGACUGGUGACACUGCUGAUAGUCCUCCCAAGAUUUCAGGCAAAAAUGACCUCAACCAAAAUGGCAACUCUGAAAAUAAGUCCCCAAACCAGGACUCUGAAGUCAAGUCUGGUGACCCUUCUGAUAGUCCUCCCAAGAUUUCAGGCAAAAAUGACCUCAACCAAAAUGGCAACUCUGGAAAUAAGUCCCCAAACCAGGACUCUGAAGUCAAGACUGAUGUCACUGCUGAUAGUCCUCCCAAGAUUUCAGGCAAAAAUGACCUCAACCAAAAUGGCAACUCUGAAGAUAAGUCCCCAAACCAGGACUCUGAAGUCAAGACUGAUGUCACUGCUGAUAGUCCUUCCAAGAUUUCAGGCAAAAAUGACCUCAACCAAAAUGGUAAAUCUGAAGAUAAGUCCCCAAACCAGGACUCUGAAGUCAAGUCUGGUGACCCUUCUGAUAGUCCUCCCAAGAUUUCAGCCAAAAAUGACCCCAAAACAGAACUUACAGGUGAGGAUUGGAACCCUGAUGAUGAAAACCAAAUUAAUGGUGAUGGUACUGAUCUAGACCAAAGUCCGAUGGAAGGCAAAACUGACGAGACUGAGGGGAAGAAGGAUGAGCCCUCCAAGAGUAUGGAUGAGAAAAAGAGUUCUCUUUCACCCGACCCAUACCCCAAAGAAGCUGAGAAUAGCCACUUCUUUGCUUACUUGGUGACCACAGCUAUUGUUGUUGCUGUCUUGUACAUUGCAUAUCACAAUAAACGAAAGAUAAUUGCCUUUGCCCUGGAAGGAAAGAGAUCAAAGUUAAUUCGAAGGCCCAAAUCUAGCGACUAUCAGCGGCUGGAUCAAAAGAUCUAAGGUAAAACCCAUCCCCCACACCACCUGAUGCUGGGUUGAAUAAGGAAUCGCCCUGAAAAUAAGCACAUGGAAACAUGGGGGAAUGUCCUGCCUUCUCUGAGUACAGCCCUGACGCCCUUCAGCUGUACCCACGGGGAGGGUGGAACAGAAGUGCUUUUUAAUUCUGCACGUGCACUUUGGUAAUGGUCAUGUCUCUGUCAUUCUUUCCAAGUCCUCACAUGUUUGCACACCCCUCUCAGCUUUGGAGUGUUUCUCCCCAUACUGUGAUGUAAGAACUGCUUGUGUCCAAAUGAUGUGGUCUUCUGCUGUGUUGACACAGAGGACUGCACUCAGGAGGCACCUCACCUUUUGAAUGAGCAGUCUGCACACUUUCAUCAUAAAUACCUGGCACAAUCUUGAUAAUGGUGGGGUGAUGCAGUGAAUGCUAUCAACAGCUAGAGUGGUCUCAAAGCUAGAAGCUCACUUUGGGAUCCUUUGCACUAGUUGAGGUGUUUUCCUGGGGGGAUUUAUAGAUAUAGAUGACAAAAUUCAGAAAUCAACAUUAAUGUUUACAAGUCUUUCUAGAGUGGAAGGUCCUUGAAAAGAGUCAUUAUGCACAGUUUGUGGCUUUCUGAUUCUUUGCGUUCAUGCUCUCUCUUUUGAUGACCCAUUACUGACUGUUAGGCUGAAAAUACAAUGAUUUGAAGUUUGUGGGUGUGAAAGAAUUUGGGCUGAGGUGUUUUGACCUUCCCUGUUCAGCUCUAUGCCAGGAUUCAGAAGAAUUUCUGCAAAUUUUUGUCUGACGCUAGUGCCCUAUCCCCAUUAUGAAGGUCACAAGAAUGAAGUGGCCGGUGCUGUUCUAAUAACUUCAAGUAAUUUUUUUGAAAAAUUGGUAAUUUGCACUCACGGAUCAUUCGCAAAGAAUAAAUUGUUCAUCAUUUUGCUGUGCAAAUCCACCACUCUAGUCCCACACUGAUCCUCACUCUCGGUCCUAGGAGUAUGCAGAUCACUCUUGUAUAAACUUAAACAUCUUUUCACGUAAUAGUUUUUUUUAUAGUGCAUCUCUUUCUAAAUGUGAAGAACAGUUGGCUAAAAUUUUAUUUGAUGGUUCACCAAUGCACUGAAUGUUUUAAUUCCGUUGUAGCCCUACCGUUUUCCUGAAAUCAGUGAAUUUUGAACAAAUGUCCUACAGAUUUCUGUUAAUUCCAUAGGUCAAGCUGUAAUGCAGAGUAGCCUGUUCUUUGUAUCUGUGUAGUGGCCUUUACAAGCCACGGCUGUUCUGAGGCUCCCUUCUUAUUUCCACUCAUCCUACUGUAGGGGAGAACAUGGACAAGAAACAAACUCUAAAGUCUGCCUCGACCUCUGUGAUUUUGCAUGCAUUUCCAGUUGCCCUUGUUAAUCAAGGACCAGUCUAGCAAAACCUGCUAAAGUCCCAUAAUUGCAAUUUGGGAGUCUGACCAUCUCUUCAAAGGAUAGAAUGUCCUUUAACACUGACUUUUUUUGGCAACUCCUUUCAACUUUUCCUGCAAUGAGUGGGAAAAGCAUUGCUGUUUGAGAAACACCAGUGCAGGAACUGGGUAAGAUCUAACCUCCUUCCAUAUUUAGAAAGGAGGAGUCACCCUCCUUCUCCUGCACCUGAAGAGGAGUCCUUCAGUUCAAACUCAGUCUUCAGCAGACCAAACUGUUCUCACCCUUAAAAAUAUGAAUGAUGGUGUGAUCGUCAGUCUUUGGAGCCAUCUACCAACUCCAUGAUCAUUUGGGACGUGUGUAAGCCCUACAAGCAAUAAGUUGAAAAGAAUCAGCAUGAUGAUAAUUCCAGGGCCAGCAAAUGACAACUUUCUUGAAAUCAGCAGUGGUCCUCCUCUUCCACUAUUGAAUGGAGAUUGUCAGAGAGCUUCAGCCUCUGGGUCUGUGCAGUUAAAAGUACUGGAAGCUGACUCCUGUCAUUAUGCUUGAUCUACAGUGCUGCUUGCUGCUUAUUUAAUUCUUCUGCAAAGAAAUCUGUAGAAAUGCUUUUAAUUUUUAAAUGAUUUUGUGUUUUCUCUUGGACAAGAGGCUAAUUUUUCCCCCAAAUAAGUGAAACUUGUUCCUUAUCCCUUGUGUUCACAUUUUUACCUGAACUUCACCUGCAUGGGGCUCUUUCACUGAGUUCCUUUCUUGCCAAAUGUUGCAAAUUUUUCUUUAUAGCAUUCUACCUUGUUUGGAUCCACAAAUGUGUGUUUCUGGUUCUGUCAGCUUUAAAAUGAGACACUUUAAAAAUUCAGAGUUGUUUUUUAAGUUUUGUAAUUUUUUUGUAUGGUGAACUAAAUAAAUGGAUAGACCAAA